AUGGGCGACAGGAUUCUUUCCGACCCUAGGCCCAGUCCCUGGCUGAUCAGCUUCGAGGGCGGAGCGAUAGCAGAAAACGUCCGUGGAUCAUCAGUUCGGGACCAAAUGGAGAAUGACAAGCGAGAGCUUGGGUUGAGAAUUGAUAAUCUCUCAGGCAGCUGUCUCUCCCCUCCUCGCAUUAACAACAAUAUAACCACUGCGUCACCACCACGACCAAACGCCACCACUAUCAUUCCGAUAGACUCAUUCUAUGCCCUCGCCGCGAGAGCUUACCAAGAAUCCAUACGCUUCCCGGAUUCCCCGCCACCUUCUGUCUGGGCGCCUGGCGAUCCACUCCACCCGUACUAUACGCAAAUCCUCAGCACGUUUUUUGUCAACUUCUACGAGCAGCUCCAGCUCCAGCAACAUCAACACCAGGGGGCCCCGACACUAAUGACCAAAGAUGCCUUCUAUGCUGAGUGGCUCAAACACUCUCGCAGUGUCCUGGACAAUAUCCGCGCAGACUGGGGCAAGCAGGCAAGGGGAUUCGGGCCGGGAUCGGCGACUGCAACGACGACCAUUGCCAUCAAAACGACAGCGAACAAUACGGUGCAUAGGUCAGCGGCGAAUGUUGCACUGCAGCAGACGAUGUUACAGCCAGUGGCACCGCCGGACGAAGGGUGGAGGAUAGGGGAACCGCUGCAUCCAUAUUACGUGCUCAUGUUGGGUCGAUUUGAGGAUCAACUGGGCAGCCUGUUGGAAGCAGAGUUUGGGGGAUCCGUGGUGUUCGAGGAGCGAGCAUUGCAGGCAGGGAUCUUCGAGUUUGAGGCUAUUAUCAUGCGGGAGUAUAGGAAGAUGUGGAUUGAAAUGUUUGGGUUGUGA